AUGAAGAAUGUCACUGAAGUUACUAUAUUUGUACUGAAAGGAUUCCCAGACAAUUUUGAACUGCAGGUCAUCUUAUUUUUCCUGUUUCUAGCAAUCUACCUGUUUACUCUAAUGGGAAAUUUGGGACUGAUUGUACUGGUUAUCGGGGAUUCUCGGCUCCACAACCCCAUGUACUAUUUUCUGAGUGUGUUAUCAUCUGUGGAUGCGUGCUAUUCUUCAGUAAUUACCCCAAAUAUGUUAGUAGACUUUAUGUCAAAGAGUAAAGUCAUUUCAUUCCUUGGAUGUGCAACACAAAUCUUUCUUGCUACUACUUUUGGGACCACAGAGUGCUUUCUCUUGGCUGCAAUGGCCAUUCUGAAGAUUCAUUCUGCAGAAGGGAGACGAAAAGUCUUUUCUACAUGUGGUUCUCACCUAACUGGAGUGUUAAUUUAUUAUGGAACAAUCUUCUCCAUGUAUGCGAGACCAAGUUCCAGCUACUCGUUGGGCCAUGACAUGAUAGUGUCGACAUUUUACACCAUUGUGAUUCCCAUGCUGAAUCUCAUCAUCUACAGUUUAAGUAAUCAAGAUGUAAAAGAGGCAAUGAAUAGAGUGUUUGGGAAAAAUUGGUUUAUCAAUAAAGUAUACUCUUGA